UGCGGAGAGCGCGCGCCUUGGUUUAAAGUGCUGAUGGUGGAGGAGCGAAGUGUCCGGGGUUGACAGAUCGAUCGAGUCUGGGAGGAAGAUGAAGGGGGAGUAGAGGAGACAUUGUUAUAUAGUCCCCUCCAUAGAUCUGUACAGGUUUACUCUGGAGGAUUCCUUCACCACAGAUUGGUCUUGAUUCAGCGUUCCUCUGCCAUAAUGGGUAUUCAGGGUCUUCUACAGUUCCUUAAAGAGGCAUCAGAACCCAUCCAUGUGAAUCAGUACAAGGGGCAGACUGUGGCGGUGGACACCUACUGCUGGCUCCACAAAGGAGCAUUUGCCUGUGCGGACAAGCUGGCUAAAGGAGAACCAACUGACCAGUAUGUGACCUAUUGCAUGAAGUUUGUGCACAUGCUUUUGUCACACGGUGUGAAGCCCAUACUGGUGUUUGAUGGAUGUACUUUACCUUCGAAGAAAGAUGUGGAAAAAGCAAGACGAGAGAAGCGCCAGACAAAUUUACAGAAGGGGAAGCAGCUGCUGAGAGAAGGCAAGCUGUCCGAAGCCAGAGAUUGCUUUACACGCUCCGUUAACAUCACCUCUGAAAUGGCUCAUCAAGUUAUAAAAGCUGCGCGUUCUGAAGGUGUUAAUUGUAUAGUUGCCCCGUAUGAGGCGGAUUCUCAGCUGGCGUACUUGAACAAACAUGGUUUUGCCCAGGCAAUCAUUACAGAAGAUUCUGACCUUCUUGCUUUUGGCUGUAAGAAGGUGAUUCUCAAAAUGGACCAAUUUGGAAACGGUUUGGAAAUAGAUCAGGAUCGGUUUGGAAAGUGUAAACAUCUGGGGGAUGUGUUCACAGAAGAGAAAUUCCGCUAUAUGUGUAUCCUGUCCGGAUGUGACUAUUUGCCUUCCAUCCAUGGUGUGGGUUUAGCUAAAGCCAGCAAAGUUCUGAAAAUUGCAAAUAAUCCAGAUAUUAUCCAGGUUAUCAAGAAAAUGGGACAGUAUUUGAAAUCCAAUAUUACUGUUCCUGAUGGAUACAUAGAUGGAUUUAUCCGUGCCAAUAAUACAUUUCUGUACCAGCUGGUCUUUGACCCACUGAAAAGAAAAUUAAUCCCUCUUAACCCUUAUGAAGACGGCAUUGACCCUAAAGAAUUAAGUUAUGCUGGACCAAACAUGGGAGACGCGAUGGCUUGUCAGAUCGCAUUGGGCAAUGUGGACGUGAACACCAAAAAGAAAAUAGAUGACUACAAUCCUGAUAUUCCCCAGCUGACAAAGCUGAAGAGCCAUAGCUGGAACAUCAAAAUCUCUGAUUCUGGCAGCAUCUGGCAGGGAAACUUUAGUCCCCUCACAAAUAUAAAAUCCGAGGAGAAGACAAAGGCAGAAGAAAAGGCGAGUCGGCGAGGGUUAAUAAUCCCAAGUAACAAGCAAUCAGUGAAGAGACCUCUUGAAGGUGGGGUUUCGGAAGGCGACCUCCUCAGUCAAUAUUCUUUCUCUCAGAAUAAGAAACCCAAGAAAGAAAGUGAAGACCAUUCAACGAAACUGAAGGCUUCUCCGCAAUCAAAUGUUCUACAACCACUAGAUGACCGGGCCAAUACUACCGAUCUACAGCCCAAAGUGAGGAAUAAAUUUGCCACCUUGUUGCAAAGGAGAAAUGAACAAAGUGGUUCAGUGUCUGUCACUGGAACCCGCAGCAGGUUUUUUUGCGACCAAUCUGAGCUGGCAACCACCUCCUCCUCUAUAGACGUUUCCAAGCCAACAGACUACACAACACCCAACGUUUCGGGAACUUGUGAGGACAACCAGGCAACGGAAACAACUGACGAAAGCGACAAACUGUGUAAAAGAGAGCUGACCCCAUCUCCUACUUCUGAUGAUUGUGACGUGAAAUCCAAUGCCGAUUCUCCGCUUCGGAAUCCAAGAAACUGCUUUAGUUGGUCAGGAAGUUUGGCCAAAGGGAGUCCCAAGCCCCAGACUCCAAGUUCCGCCCUUCUGUCUCUUAGAAGGUUUCAGAGGACUAAGAGCAGUGUAGAGUCCGACUCGGAUCAUCUUCAGCUGGAUCAGACUGUAAACUCCAACGGGGACCAACCCCAAUGUGCCAUCACUCAGAAGAAGAAAAUCUCCGUGGUGGAGAUGGAGGACUCCAGCUCAGAGGACAUGGACAAGACUCUGGAGUCUUCUCCUCCUGAAUUCAGCCUAAAAGAUUCUCCUUCACACCAGACGACAUAUCCAGAGAGGAGGCCUGUUCCAAAAACGAAGGUGUCUGGACUUCUUAAAUCAAAGAGCUUCGAUUCUCGAUCUGGGAAAAAAUUGAAACCAAUGGCACCAGCAAAAGCUAGUGGACUGAGCAGCCGGGUGUCUGCAAAAGCUGUAAGAAACAAUGAGAAUAAGCCAGGCCUGCAAUCCACGAUCAGCGACCUGUGGAAGAACUUCAGCUUUACAAAACAUUAAUUGGAUGCCACAGAAGACGAUUCUCUGCCCGUGGAAGCUGUGUGCUGCAAUUUUCAUCUGACCUCUCAUUUUACCCAGCGACAGAUGUUUGUUCCUCCUAUACAGAUUUUAGCUUUUGGUCUAUUACUGUAGAUCAGAAUCUAGGAUUUUUAUUUUUGUUUUUUUUUAGUUAAAGUUUACAAUGUCGUUAAUUUACGUUUCAGCUGGAUUUUUGCACACUAGAAUGAAUGUACUUUAGCUGCUUGACGUGCAUGAAUGUUAAAGAA